UAAGAGAGAGCUAAGCCAUCACCUUCGUGUACCUUUUUCUCAGUGGCCUCACCCGGCCACUCUGCAUCCCUCUUCCCACGCCAUCAAUUCCCCAAUGCAGAUAUCGCUCCACCCUCUCCCCAAUGCCAACCUCUCAUUUUCCCAUUCUACCCUUCUCCACCACCCUUCAUUCCCAUUCACUCCCUCCAAAUCCCUAAUUCCAACCCCCAAAUCAAAACCCUAUCCAACCAAAGCCCUCCUUCAAUGGAACCGCAAGCCGCAACUCGCCGGCGAAACCCCGCGCGUGGUGGUCGUCACCUCCGGUAAAGGCGGCGUCGGAAAGACCACAACCACCGCCAACAUGGGCCUCUCCCUCGCCCGCCUCGGCUUCUCGGUCGUCGCCAUCGACGCCGAUGUCGGCCUGCGCAACCUCGACCUCCUCCUCGGUCUCGAGAAUCGCGUCAACUACACCGUCAUUGAGGUUCUCAACGGCGAUUGCCGCCUCGACCAGGCACUCGUGCGUGACAAGCGCUGGUCCAAUUUCGAGCUCCUCUGCAUCUCCAAGCCCCGGUCCAAGCUCCCCAUGGGGUUCGGCGGGAAAGCUCUCACCUGGCUUGUUGAAGCCCUCAAAGCGCGGCCUGAGGGCUCACCGGAUUUCGUCCUCAUUGACUGCCCUGCUGGGAUUGACGCCGGUUUCAUAACCGCCAUAACGCCGGCGAACGAGGCGGUUCUGAUAACCACCCCGGACAUCACGAGCUUGAGGGAUGCUGAUAGGGUCACCGGGCUGUUGGAGUGUGAUGGCAUUAGGGAUAUCAAGAUGAUUGUGAACCGGGUUCGGACCGAUAUGAUCAAGGGGGAAGACAUGAUGUCUGUUCUGGAUGUGCAGGAGAUGCUGGGGUUGCCUUUGCUUGGGAUGAUACCGGAGGAUUCAGAGGUAAUAAGGAGUACCAAUAGAGGGUUCCCUCUGGUUUUGAACAAGCCUCCCACAUUGGCUGGUUUGGCUUUUGAACAGGCUGCGUGGAGGCUCGUGGAGCAGGAUACUAUGCAGGCUGUCAUGGUUGAGGAAGAGCCCAAGCGUGGUUUUUUCUCAUUUUUCGGAGGCUAAGAUUCGAAUCCGUUCUUUUGUUUUAAUGUUAGUUUUUGUGUGUGCAAAGCUUGUAAUGGUUUUGUGCUGUUUGCGGUUAUGCAAAUGACGAGUGCAAUUGUUUGGAGGAGCAGUUUGUUUUUGUUUAGAAGGAAGCUGUGUACAGUAGGAGCUAGUGAAGCUUUGUUUUUGUAAUUGAUUCUGUUCAUUCGAAGAUUUCUUUUGGUCAGCA